AUGGCCUUUCCUCACCAGACCACGCCAGGAACAGACGUAUACGGCCCUGGCACCUUCAUCGAUAAGGAUGUUCUCCCCGUCCCCGAGGACACUCGCCGAGUAUUCGAAUUUAUAGCCUCGAAGACGCCUGGAUUUACCCAAGACAAAGCAGUAUGGGAUACCGUUCAUUUUGAGGGACAGCCGGAUCCCAUGAUUCCUGGUCCCAUCAAAGCACCUAUUGUUGCUGCCGCUCUGCAUGCGAUGUGUGGCGUGGUAGGGAACGAGUUAUUGGAACUUCGCGAUAGUAGACCAGUGGCCGAGAGCAGUGUCACCGUGAACACUGACCAGGCAGGAAUAUGGCUUGGUUCGGUGGCGACUACACACAUCAAUGGAUCUGAUGUCUCGGCUAUAGCGCUGUCGGGGAAGUUGAACACCCUAUUUGACCGUGAUUUGGAACAAGGCUUCGGCAAAGGCCUCGCAAGUAGGACAACAGCGAUCUACCAAACCAAGGAUCCGAACGUCUGGUACCAACUUCAUGGCUCUCUCAAUGCUAAACGAGUUCUGGAAACCAUGGGAAUCGACACAAACGUCACCUUCAAUUCGCCGAGCGGGUAUUACGACUACAUCCAGAAACAUGUCCGUCAGUGGAGCCCAGAUGAGCUUGAGAUGCACAACGUACGCCAUGGCCUUUGUGGAAGCAUUUGCUAUAAGCCAGAAUCAUGGCGAAACACGGAAAUGGGAAAGAAGCUCGCCAGGCAUCCAUAUGUGAACUAUACGCACGAGGCGUAUGCAGCUCCUACACCCCAGCAGCCCUUACCCAAGGUUCCUGGUGACCAGAGACCAUUGGCCGGGAUCAAGGUGCUGGAGAUGGUACGCAUUAUCGCAGGCCCAACUAUCGGUGUGACUCUCGCCGCCUUUGGUGCGGACGUUAUCCGAGUGAACUGUAGUAAACUGCCCGAUCUGAAUGUCUUGCAACUUGUCCUGAAUGCAGGAAAGCGUACCAUCGACUUGGACAUUACUAAGCCUGAGGACAUGACUCGUCUCCGAGAGCUUAUCGCAGAUGUGGACGUGUUCAUUCAGGGAUUCCGGUAUGGGUCCUUGGACAGAAAGGGCCUUGGACUCCGGGAUAUGCUAGAAUUAGCUGCAAACCGAGGAAAGGGUAUUGUCUAUGUGGAUGAGAACUGUUAUGGCCCGGAUGGUCCCUUUGCUGAACGCCCAGGUUGGCAGCAAAUUGGCGAUGCUGCCUCCGGUUCUUCCUAUGUUAUGGGUAGGUCUUUGGGAUAUGCGGACGAGAAAUGCGUUUUACCCCCGUUGCCGGUGUCAGACAUGACUACGGGUGUAGUGGGUGCUCUUGCGGCCAUGAUGGCUAUCCGUGACCGAGCAGUCAAAGGAGGCUCUUACCACGUUGUUAGUUCCUUGGUUGCCGCAGACAACAUCGCACUGGAAGAAGAAGUCGGACUGUACCCCCUAGACGUGGUUCACAACACGGCUGAGAAGUUUGGGUUUGUACCCUCAACACCCGAUCAGUUUGUUACUGAAAUCCUGUUCCAAGUCAUCGCUGGUUGGAAAAAGGGCCGGCCUGGGUACCUAGAUGAGGAUUCGCCAUUGAUGACCACAUUUGAUCAAGGGCCGUGGGGACGACAAACCUUGCUCAAGCCAAUUGUCAGGCUUGGUGAAGACGCGGUGACCCCCCGGUGGACCAGUCCCCCUGUACCCAAUUGCUACCACGACAGGAACAUCAACUGGCAUUAG